AUGGCUGAGGGUUAUGGUGCUUGCCUCAUACACAAACCAGAACUCGUAGCUGACAUGAUUCGACAAACCCGUAGUACAGUAAUAGAUGCUGACUUUACUUUUCUAUUAAGAUUCGAAUACAUAAAGAUUAUAAAUGAUAACUCUAGUCGUGUGAGACUUUAUCAUAGAAGAAUUCCUUUGGCAAUAAGUUUUGGAGUCAUGGCAGAAACUUGUGAUCAGACUACAGUGGAUUUUGCACGACAAAAUGGAGCAGAUGUGAAGCUUUAUCACCGUACAUGGACGUACCAGGAUCAGCGAAGUGACCAGUAUGCUAGAGUGUAUAGCCGAUAUAAAGAAUGCUGUUCUGUGAUGCUGCAGAGGGUAUACUUGAGAAUCCUCCAUGUAUGCAGGGUAUAUGAGAGCACACCUUUAGAAUGUGUUCAGGACUUUGGGAACCAUGGCUGUUUUCAACUGGGACCCCUUUCAGGCGGCUUCACCAUCACCUAA